GAUGUGGAUUCCAUCUGCCAUUCUCCUAUCCGUGACCCAGCUCGCCAGUUUUACGUAUCAAUUCGGCUAUGCGCAAGUCAGCCAGACGCUGCUUGAAACCCAUUUUCUGCAGUUAUGUCAAAGCUGCACCAUCCUCGCGACCGUAGAGCUGGGUAUACGUGCUCAUCUGAAGUCUGAAAUGGACAACGAGGACGAUAAAGCCCUCAUGGCAGGCUUCCAGAAAAUCUUGAAGGGACUUUGUGACGGCAGCCUGUUGUUGAACCCAGGGAUGAUAGUGUGCGGAUCUCCAUCCUGCUUGCAGCGUCUGCUCUCCACACAGAAGAACUUCGAGGGAACUAACUUCAGCUCACUCAUUGCCGGCCAUGAAAGCCAGAAGAAUUUUGCCACCUUUGUGAGCAUGUCCAACUCGUCACAAGCCAAUGAUUCAGAAUCUUCAGCACCUUCAUGUUUGCGGAUCAGCUUGACAGAAGCCGACCAGGUUGUGCCAGUUGAUGUCUUUCAUGCGCGGUUGCCGGGCCUUUUUGGUGCGGACCAGCCACAUCACAUCCUGGCAUUUGUAGAGGACACUGCUGGCCGCGAGGCUCCCCCUGCUACGCAUGGAUUCCCAAAGUGGCAUCAAAGUCAUGGGAGGGCAUCCUCACGCCGCUGGCCUUUUUCUUUGCCAAGCGAGUCGCUGAUGUCCUCACAGUCACAAGGGUCAGAAGCUGCCUCAACAGCAGGCGCGCCAAGCAACCAGGUCCUGGAGGUUUUGCAGGAGUUGGCUGAAGCCACAUUUCUUGUCGACCCCUGCUCCCCAGACGGAGAUCUGUUGGAGGCCCACCUGAAGUUCAACAAGACGCACCCUGCACAGCAGCCACCUUCUUUGAGGAUGCUCAGCAAGGUCAGUGAGUGGGACGAUCUUCAGAUGCUCAUGAGGACCUAUGCCAUGGGUGUCUUGCAAGGAGCGCCCGACUUGCCAGUUGCUCUGCACUCCAUGCAGAUACGAGUUCCGGGAGCUCCCCGCAAGCUUCUCAAGGCCAGGCAAGUCAGGUUAAGCCUUGCAAACCGCAGCCGCGAAUUUGGGCAACCGCUUUUUCUGUACCUUCACUUGAAGAAUUUCAACAAGAAGGAUGCGCGCCCAAGUUAUCUCACCCGCUUGCAGAGGGAAGCGCUUCAAGAGCAGCCUGACGAUGAUUCAAGUGACGACAGAGAGGAGCAGCUGCAUCAAGUACCAGCUGAGCACGCAGAGGAAAACAGAGCAGAAAGAAUGUUGGAGGAAAUUCCGGUGCCGCCACAAUUUCUGCGAGCAGAUGUUCGUGUUGAAGGCCCGCUAUAUCAUCUUUGA